GCCGGAUAUACCGUGUUGUUGUUCGUGCUUUCCUCAGCCCGACAAACUCUUUCCAACGCACAGACCACCACCGUCAAUGUCACACAGCGUCAACGACAUCGUCGCCACCACUAACGAUGAUCCCCCGCCGUUCAGUGGGCAAGAGAACGAUCCCGAGGGGAAUGCUGAUGACUUCGAGGUAUUUCCUGAAGAUAAGGAGAACGCGGUGGAGUCGAUCCAACAAGGGGAUGCUGCAGGCGAGAUUGAAAUAACGCGGUCUUCUGUUUCCUCUAGCGUCUCUUCAAGUCAAGAUGCUGAGCCUGAUGCUGGCGAGACACAUGAUACGGCUCUUGGUCUUCCUCCAGCCUGUCGCCCUUCAGAUUCUGAUAGUGGCGAAUCGGAAAAGGGUUUGAAGCGCAAGCUAGCUGACCGUGGCACAAGUCAGGGGCCGGAGAACCUGGUGCCUUUACCCUCUGCCGAGCCUGCCAAGCGUCCUAGAGAUGAUACCGACAAAGAUGAUAACCCUCGCGAAUCCAAGAGACCGUCGCCUCCUCCCGAACAGAAACCCGUGGCAGCAGAGACAUCCGCACCUAAAUUCGGAGGGUUUAUGGCCUACGCUGCCGCAGCAUCUCCGUUUGCUGCUGUCAAAGGUCAAAAUAUCUUUUCAGGAGCUAGUUCCAGCACGUCCAAAAAACCAUCUGUUUCGCCAUCACCAUCACCUUCCCCCCUGCCAACGAACAAUGCCCCUACGCCUUCUCCGUUUGCGAGCUUCGCCCAGUGGUCUGGACAGCAGACGCCAGCUAGUACAGCCAUCAAGCGUACGGGUUUCGAGGCAUUCAUGGGUCCCACUUCUACUUUCGCAACAGCAGGUGUUUCUCCCUUCCCUUCUAGACCCAAGUCACCAUUACGUGCUAAGAGCGCACUCGGAAGGAGCAGGUCACCCCCGAGACGUAUUCCUCUCAGCAUGAGCAGUGCAUUUUCGUCAUAUGCCAGUGGUGGCAUGCAAGCUUUAUUUGCUGCGCCUCAUCCUAAACGCGCGAGGGCAGAUUCACCCAACGGAGGAUCGUCACGCAGUUCACUUGAACGGACAAGCAGCACUAGAGUGAAUGUACUGGAUUCAACGUGGAAUGGAAGUGCUGAUGAGAGCGGAAGCGGAGAGGAAGAUGAUGAUGAGGAGCAGGAUAGUGAGAGACCACCUUCAACAUUUGGUGAGAGACUGCGUGCAGGUAGGGAUGACGAAGAGGACGAACCUGAGGAGGAGAAAGAGAAAGAGAAGCUUCAAGAACAGGACGUUGUAACUGGCGAAGAGGAUGAAGAGACGAUACACCACGUGCGCGCCAAGCUCUAUGCCCUAUGCCCCCAGAACCAGUGGAAGGAGCGUGGCACUGGCCUCCUCAAACUCAAUGUCCGACGGUCAGACGGUGGAGGUGCUCGUCUUUUGAUGCGCAAGGAAGCGGUCUACACAGUUAUACUGAAUGUUACACUGUUCUCCGGAAUGAAAUGCUUUAUCGCACAGGAUCCGCGAUAUAUUCGGUUGAGCGUAAUCGAAGAUGGGGUCACGACACAUUACAACCUCAGAGUCAGUUGUUUUCAUUUGCGUUGUUUUCACAACAUCUAUAGUGACCCUCUCGCAGGUUUCAAACGCGAAGAUUGCACAAGAUUUGCUAGAGGAGAUCAAGUCGAAUAUUCCAGCUUGACAUCCAGAGUACCCUUAUGUUACUUUACUGCUCAUCAUGAUCAUGCCUUGCUACAUUUAACAUUAAUGUUGUCUUUAUGUACAACCACAGGACGCUCGCUGCUCCCUAUAUCGCAUGUCCACCGGUGGCAAGGAGCCUCAAAAUCACUCAUCCCAUGGUCCUAAAUGUUGCGCCUCGGAGUUCACGGGACGAACAUCGUGUCUGACGGUAGCGCCUUUGGAGAACUAAUCUUGGACGUGAUGCAUACCUUCCAUUACCACAUCAAUGACAUGCAGUAAGGAACGACUCGAAGGUAGAGUACGAAUUGCGAGCUUGUGUUACAAGUUGCACCAGCCCCGCAAAUCUUUUCCAUCUCUAUGAGUCUCAGCGAAACUCGCUCAAUGACCUGGUAAAACAUGUUAGAUGAUCAUUGUGGGCUGAAUUGAUAAAUCUCGCGCUCACGGUUCAAGGUCCAGUGCAAAAACUGAA